GAUAAACAACGAAAAUUCAUUUGAGGAUUUAUUGGGGCGUUCAAAGCUGAACGCAUUAAUGCCUGUAAUUGUAAAUCUAAUAAAUAUACCACUCGUGACAUUUCAACGAUCAGGAUAUUUCUGAACUGGAGUACAGAUUAUUUAGAAGUCCAUUGCCAACAUUCCGACUUUGAACAUGUGGCUGAAAUACCUGAUAUUCCUGACAGCGGCUCUGUUUGUUCGUACAGAAACCGUUGAAAAGGUAUCGAGCGACUUCUGGGCAUGGCGAUUGUCAAUCUCCAAGGAAUAUUCCACUACCCUCGGCAGCUACAAGUACAAUGAUAGGCUUGAUUCCUACACAGAUGAGAAGCUCGAGGAUAUGAAGAUGCAAGUGGAUGACUUUUUGAUUCGUUUAUCUCGGGUGAACAGUUCAGCUCUGUCAGGGGAAACGCUGAUCUCAUUCAAUGUGCUAAAGAGCAUCCUAGAAACCGUGCGAGAUGGCUAUGAAUGGAAGGACUAUCAGCCUUUGAACCCAAUAAACUUCUUGGAGCUCUGGUUUGCCGGUCUCGACAUGUUUGUCGUAGCGCAGCCUUUUGACACCGAAGGCGACUUUGUGAACUAUGUUCGAAGAAUUGAAGGAGGGCCGCAACAGAUGGAGGAGAUGAUAGGCUUGAGUCGCAGAGCCAUUGCGAAAGGUCACACAAGCCAUAUUGCCUCAGUGUCACGUGUUCCUGACAACAUAGACGGCAUGGUCAAACCGCCACGCGAAUCGGCACUUUAUGCACCAUUAAACAAAACAAUUGCCAAUAACAUUCUGGGAAAGAAUGCAGCGGUCAUGGAUAAACGGCUACAAGAUGCUAUUAGUUCAUUCAAUGUAAAACUCCUGGAGGUCAAGGCGUUUUUAAUCGACGACUACAUGCCCAACACGCGCCCCGGUCUCGGGAUAGGGAGCUUACCGCGAGGAAAAGAAAACUACCAAGCCUGUUUGAGGUUCCACACUUCAACAAACAUAACGGCAAAGGAGGUCCAUGACAAAGGUUUGGAGGAGGUGGACCGUAUAGAGAAGCUGAUUAGACAGAAAAUGGUCAGCAUAGGGUUUCCCAUCACAACAAAGAUAUCAGAGCUGUAUACCAGUUUGUCUAGUGACCCGAAGUUUCUCUUCGAAAGAGAAGAUGCCCUAGCGAAUUUCAACAAAAUUAUUUUCGAGCGAGUAAAGCCAUUGAUGCCGAAAUAUUUCCGAAAUCUCCCAGAUCUGCCGUUAGAGGUUCGACCAUACCCCGCGGACGGACCAAGCGGAGAAUACAAGGCAGGAACUGCCGAUGGGUCGAGACCUGGAAUUUUCUAUGUUCAACUAACCAGAAAAGAGGAUAAUCCCUCCUAUUCCAUGGUAGCGUUUGCACUUCACGAAGCGUUGCCUGGUCACCACAAUCAGGAAAGUUAUGGCCUUGUAGCCAACAUCCCGCCUUUCAUGAGGAGUGCCGAGUGGAUCUCCUACAGUGCACCAUACUUCUUCCCGUUUUUCAACUCGUUUUCGGAGGGAUGGGGUCUAUAUUCGGAGUUUCUUGGAGAAGAAAUGGGCAUCUACCGUGACGAUUACGAAUUGCUUGGUCGUUAUGGUGAGGAGAUGGUCCGAGCUGUAAGAUUAGUGAUAGAUACAGGCAUCCACGAAUUCCACUGGACAAGGGACGGAGCUAUCGCAUACAUGCACACGUAUUAUACCAAACAAGGAGCGGAAAACGACAUUGACCGCUAUUCAACUUGGCCGGGGCAGGCCGUCGGGUAUAAGAUCGGAGAAUUGAAGUUAAAGGAACUCAGGAAAAAGGCUUCCGAUAGUUUAGGAAGCAAGUUCAAUCUGGCCGACUUCCAUUAUACAGUCCUUCGCUACGGUAUGAUGCCGCUGUCGUUGUUGGAGUACGUGGUUGAUCAGUGGAUCGCCGAACAGAAAGCCGACAGCGGCCAAGUCGGCAAAAAAACGGGGACCGACGGAAAAGGGUGCAAUAGGGCGGGCACAUGCGAUAAAGUCAUCCCACUUGGCGGACAGUGUGGUUCGUCCCAUUACCCCAACACAUGCGAUCAAAAGGCUGGAGCCAGGUGUCAUCAUUACGGCUGUUGUAGACGAGGUGGCAUCGAAUGCAAUAAAAAGUAUUGCCUGUGCGACACCGCGAGAGGCUGGGUCUACAACAACACUACAAAGUCGUGUAAGUUCGUAGGGGGCAGACAGGACAAGAGGGGUUGCCUUGAUGCUCCAUUCCCCUUCAAGCCUGCAUCUUGUGCUUAAACAACAAGACGAGACUGGCUCGACGACUAACACCUAAACGAACACAUGGACUAUGAAAGUUAUAUAUUUUAUUCUGUUUUCUUUUUUAGUUUUCAAAUUUUAGACAUACACCUAUAAUGUAUCUGUUGUUCUGUAAUAGCAGUUCACUGUGCCAUAUUUUUUGCUUUUGGAUACAAUUUAAUUGUAUUCAUGUCUUGCAUGAUCAUAACAUUACAUGUAAUUAGCUUAUGCACUUUCGCGAACUUUAUUUUUUAUGUGUAUUAUACUGCCGUGUUCCACUUUCACCUCGAAUCCUUUUGAACAGCACUCGAUUCAAUCGCUUAUCGUUAAUAUGUCCAAAACAUGUAAAACAUUGUAUUAAUCUUUCUCCACCUACGCGUUCAAAUAACUAACGCUUGAGACAGCCCAGUGUCUUUGACUGAGUUAACUUGAAUUAUUACAUUAGUUGAAUCACAACUGACAGGAACCAACUCAUCACUUUUGGUGCCGGGUUUUGUUUUCAUUCUGCCUGUUAUUUGCAUACACAAAAUAUUUCUUUAACGUUACUGAAACCUACCUCAAUACUCAAUUAGAUAUUCCUAGACAUAAGAAUCAAACCUAUUAUCAAAACUGGUGAAUGGUUUAAAAUAAGUGCUUUCAAUCUAAAGUGUUAUACGCUAUUUCCAAUUAUAGCAAUUAACAUUUAAAACGCUCUGUUGGUGCCGUAUGAAAUAUUUAUACCCGUGACAUUUGCAAACUGUAACGUAUGAUGAAAUUGAUAUACAUUUAUUCUUUCGUUAGUUUAAAAAUCGAGCUUUUAAGAUCGGGCUGAAAAGGCAACUGAAAUUUAUAAGCAGCGUUUGCUUAAAAGCAUCGACGUUUUGUCGUCCGGUGAUUCUCAACGGCUUCGUCUAUGCAGCGACUCAAUUUGUGCAUUUUUGCCACAUGGAUAGGUAUUGCUCCAAGAACUCAUUUGAUCCAAAUAUAAAAAGCCACAUAUAUGAUACCUUCUUCAAUUAUGAAACGAGACCCAUUGGGCAGCUGUCAGCAUAUGGUAUGAUAUAAGAUCCAUGUCUGUAAACAAUAUUGAGGCAAUCUUUCUUCAUGAUCUGAAAAUAUCUUGGGUUCAAUUUAGUUUUUAACUUUUUAUGUAAAAGUAUUCAAGUGUAUUUGCAAAGUAUGAAACUAUGAGUAUAGAACAAACUUGUUUUGAAAAAAAGAAAUUUGUGAACAGAUUUUCACGUAAUUCACAACAUGGUAAUUUAAGAGAUUUGUCGCAAUAUACUUGUCUUUGUAAAAUCUAGUGCAAGUCAUGUUUAUCUGAAAUUCAAUUGCAACUCAAAUGGUUAAACACAGCUGUUGACUCGUGUUGCCCCAUUUGCAAUCAGAUAAUCGAGAAACAAGUGACAGCCACAUAUUAACUGCAUUUAAUUUUUCUCAAUAAACACUUUUGUGGAUUUAUAUUCGAAAUCCAGCGAGCAGAUCUGAAAUGGAAUACAAUGCGUUGGCUAAUACAAUUGCUUAAUGAGAUUUCAUUUUCCAUGGCGAUAUUUCUUAAUUAAAUAAUAGUGUGCAACCAGACAUACAAGCGGACGGAAGGAUGAACACGAUUCCAGUUUGCGUGAAUCUCCUCUCCCUCACUUAAAGCACACUAAAUCGAUUUAUAGUGUGCAUUCGGUAUCGCAAGUGUGGUGUGAGCAUUUUAUUCCAAGUGGGCAUGUUGUACGGUGACUAUGGGUGACACUCACAUCGAGUCUAUGAGGCCUCACGCUUAUGCGGUGUCACGAAGCAUUUCCGCGAUACACGUGUUCUCAAGCAAGAUAGGUGAAUUCUUUAUAAUUGUUACACCCAAUAGGACAUUCUAAUAUAGCGACGUUCUAAUAUAGCGUUAUUGUAUGUGUUUUUACGUGCUUCUAUUUUUAUAUACACAACGUACUUGUGUCUUGAAUGUUUUGAAUAUUUAAACUUUUAAAUUUAUCACUGUCAAAAUGCAAUGUAAUUGUUAUGUAGCGAGGGCGCAGUUGUAAAAAAGGUUUUAUUAUAUUGAUUCUUUUUUAUUUUCCCUUUUAUCUCUUUCUCCAAAUAAACUUCAGCAUCA